AUUUUAUCAUAGAAGAAGAAGAAUCUUUGCGGAUGACAUAAGAAAAAUAAAUUAAUGCAGUCGAAAUGAUUAUCAGUCUUAGUUGUUUGUUAGUUACUUAGUUCGGAUAUUGAUUGAACGAACAGUACACGGAUCCUAUUGUUAUCGAUGUGCCUCUGAAUCGUAUCUGUGUCAACAAGCUAGCUAGCUAAUUUAGCUAUACAUCAUCAAUUGAGUCUGUCACUGUCAGUCUGAUCUAGCUCGUCGAUCAUAGUUAAGAUGUGUUGCAGCUUUUGAAGAUAGUUAGUUAGUUACCUCUGUACUUUUUGUCUCAAAUAUGAACUUGUAAGUCGGAGAACGAAUCAGACAAUAGAGAAUGUCAGGUUAGCAUUGUAAACAACAGCAGCGAAUAACCAGUCAUACGUCACAUCAUCAUGGAGGAUGAGGAAGAUCUCGAGGUACUUGGCGAACAACUGUACGAUUUAAUUUACCCCAAGCACGCUGAGAUCGCCGGGAAACUCACAGAUGGCAUUGUAAUUGGGUCGGAGGCAUGUUGCUGGAACUACCUGGUCCUGUCCUGACUCGGAUGCAGCAGGAUGAAGCGAUGCUGUCAGAGGCCCUUGAGAAAGCCCUCAGAGCUCUGCAACUACCUCAGGGCCCCAGCAAUACAAGGAUGUCAAAGGAGGAGGAUGAAGCAUCUGCCUCUUCUGACUCACUUGGGGAACAGCUGUUUGAGCUCGUGGACAUCUACAACACUGGCCACACACAGAAAAUCACUGGCAUGCUACUGGAGCAGCAUAAAGAAGCAUGUAUUUACCCAUGUACCACUCCAGGCAUGCUACUGGAGCAGCAUAAAGAAGCAUGUAUUUACCCAUGUACCACUCCAGGCAUGCUACUGGAGCAGCAUAAAGAAGCGGUGCUGCAUCUUCUCUCAGAACCCUCACUACUGGAGGAGCAGGUGAACCUGGCCUUGAAGACACUGCAGGAGCUGGGUGUGGAAGAGACAGAUGUGAGUGACUCAUCAGAUGCCGAUGACACAGAGAGGCUGGAAGAGAGGCUGUUUCUACUGGUGCAGGAGAUGGACACAGUGCACUCAAAUGACAUUACAGGCAUGCUUUUGGAGAUGGACCCUGCAGCUCUCAGACAGAUGCUGAGCGACCGCACCAUGUUGGAGGGAGCCGUUCAAAAAGCACAAGCAGCGCUGGAAAGCAUUUGGAUCCAAGAGGACAAAGAAAUCACCAAAUGAAGUUGGCCCAAAUACUGUGACAUUUCAGCUGAAGAAAACUACUUCAUGAACACAAGAACAUUUAUGUGCCACUAACCCCAGGAUCAUAGCUGCCAUGAAGGGAUGUAUGUAUAUACUGCAUUCUAAGUGGCGAUUCCUGAUUUCAGAUAUUUUUCUCACUCCAACACUUGUCAGUGACUUGUUUCGGAGUGCAAUGCACUUUAGUUAAGACCACACUCAUGAUUGGACAGGAAGGGGAAUAUGAGCCAGUGAAGUGUGCUGCGACGCCCUCACACACUUGCUAAAAAUAAAACCAGGCACCCUACACUUCUUGAAAUAUACAUGCAAAUGCUCCUUUAGACUGCAGACUUCAGGAGUGGAGAAUGGAACAGGCCUAUAGUCUUUUUUUUGUUGCUUCCAAUGCUAUAGGAGAAUUUGACAACUGUCUGGGUUGAUUGGAUUUUUCUACUUGCCAGAAUUGUCAAUGAGGGAUAGGUAGUGCUGGUCCAAAAUACUUUCAUCUGUGAGAAAGGAACUACAUCUGUAGUGCCACAGUGAUGCCAACAGACUUGCACACAUUUUAGGUCCACUGGUAGUUUGGGGGAUAUUUGUUUGUACUUCACUCAAUAAUAAAAAUGAAUUCAGUAACAUUACACAAAGAUUAAAGUAUUCCAUAUUCAGACACUUUUAGCCAACUGUUGGGAUGUACUGCAAUAAUGUGUGAAUAGGAAAUGUAUUUUGAAAUGUAUAUAAAACACAACAUGAUGAACCUUUGAUACUAAUCAGACAGAACAAAAUUAAACAUUCUUUCAAAGUGCUAAAGAGCGCAAAGAUAUCUUUAUUACCAUUUUACAGGGUUGAAUUCUAAAACAGGAAAAAUCAACAGCUUUUCUCAGACAAAAGGGACCUUUGGAAAAAAUAAUUGGGUGUUCAACACAAACCAAGUCAAGAACACAAAGGGGAAGCAAGGAAUUCUGGAUAACAAAGUUGACAGAAGCAAUAGCAAAAUCAAAAAGGAAAUGGCAGUUUUGAGUAAAAUUUGCUCCUUUCACAGAUGUAUUUAAUGAUGGGCUAGUUAAUCUGCAGAAGCAGCCGUUACAAACGUGAAUCCAGGUAUUAUAUAAUCUAUUAAUGACAUUUCAAAGCUAAAUCAGCAAAAACAAUAGUUGCUCUCCACACUUUUGCUCAUGACUACAGCUCAUAAAUACAAUCGAUCAGAUAAAUAUUUGGAUAGAUUAAUGACAUUUAAAAAUUGUAGUCAAAUGACACCAUGACUAUUCCCUAUAAAGUGCAUGCACUACUUUUGACCUGAGCCACCUAGUUGUGCACUAUAUAGGAAAUAGGGUGUCAUCUCGAUAUAGUCCUGGGGCCUCAUUUAUAACUGUUCACACAUUUCUGACAAAGAGUACAAAAAUAUUUAGAUUCAUACAUUUGGUGUCCUGCCUUAGUAUAGGGUCUGAUUUAAAUGGGCAAUGUUGUGCUUCUAUCUCACAGCAAUACAAUAGCUUACCUAUACUCAAAUAUUUCACAUAAACUACUGUGUUGGCAGAAUGUUCCAAUACAGUUUAUGAAAGAGAAAACAAAUGGCAAAUUGUGGACCUGUCAGCAGAACGUUUAAAUUCAACAAUGUUUUGCAUCGACUUUUCACCUAAAUAUGAUGGGACUGGCCGUGAAUUCUGAAAAAUUGUCUAAGGCAGGCUACCAGUAGCAUACAUAGGUCUACUUCACUGUAAAAGAAACUUCACCUUUUAAAUUUGACUGUAGGCUAGAUGAUAAACCGCACAAUUUAAUACAGCCUAUUUAUUUACUAGACUCCUAGGUCCAAUUAAAUGAGAGAUGCACAUGCAAAUUUGUUGUAUGGCUACUUCGGGAAUAUGAACCUAUUACAGCUAGAAAAGGUGAGAAAUGUAUUCUGCAAUGGUUAUGAAAAUAGAAAGAUUCAAAUGUUUAUUUUAGAUUAAAUAAAGAAUUUUGCUCUUCUGGCAAAUGGCUGCAUUUGUGUUAUGUUGUUCUGUUUUUAGUUUUUUAUGAAUAAGGCUUUUCAUCAUAUCCCCCAUUUGCACAAAAUACUUACUUGCCAGCUUGCAAUACAAUAUUUCAGCCACUAGUAGAUGUGCGUACGCAUGGUCUGAACGGGGAGCUGAGCACCUUCUCACAACACAUUACAUUUUUAUAAAUGCCAACUUGAUCGUGGAAACUGCCGCAUGCACAUUUUGGGGUAUAUUGUAUGCACGCACGGUUUAUAAAUGAGGCCCCUGAAUCCCAGCUCACUCCUUGUUCCUCUAAAGGCCUGCUUCUAAACUCAGUUGGGAGAGAGGAAGCCUAGUUGAGACUUAAGACCUUUGUGCAUGAUAAUGAGGUGUUGGUAGGCAGCAACAUUUUAUAAAUAUCUAAAAUGAACAUUCCAACACUCAAACUUCUAAACUCCUAGGGUAGCGAGGCGUGACAGUCACUCCUAUUGCCUCUGCUGGACCCCACAUCACACCUGAGCACAUCUGAAUGAGGGAGAGUGGGCAUUGCACUACUGAUACUCCACACACAUCAGCGCUACAGUACCUUCAGUGUCUGUACGGGAACACUGAAGAGUCAUAUACACUAGUAUAAACAAGUGAGCUGAGCUCCGGAAGUGCUACGCUCUUUUACACACUAAUACACUUAAGGGGCCAAAGACACACGUAAUAGAUCAAAAUAGGACCAGAACAGUCCUUUGUCUCAGCAUGUGUGUAGAGGGAAUGUUGUCUAAGAGCUGAACACACUAGCAUGUCUGUCUCCACAGUAGGUUGUUACAUACAGUAUAAUCAAGCUAAGUAUGU